UUAGUUUGGUACCGUUUCCAGCGCCUGGAACAGGUGUGAUAAAAAAAAAAGGUUUUCAAUAAGUGUGAGGCUCAGUUAAGACAAGAUAGGCAAACAUAACCUCUAGUAAUUCAGUCGACGAGUAUCAACACGAUGCCAGAUAUAUUUUCUUUUGACAACGCAUUCGAUAAAUGUAGGCGAAUUAUGUUUGUCUUCCAAGACAAUCUAGCAGGUGAAGAAAAUUAGUCCACCCUCGUUCGCUAGCCUCACUUAAUCAAGCUAACUACAAUAAGCCUACUUAAAAGUAAUACCAAAGUCAGCCCUUGUUACUGAGGUGUUUUAUCUAUAACUGCUUACGACAAAUUACCAUUUUCAUUUAUUUUCUUCAAAAUCGCAUUUUAUUUUACGCCCCAUAACAAAAUAGACAUGCUUCUGUUGUGCUAGUAUUGUUGCACACUUUUCCAGUCUUCCACCGCUAGUCAGUUAGCUAAAUGUAAAUCUGCUGUAAACUACGAAUGCACCAGGAAUAUAAGUAUUUGCAGUUUAUUUCAAUUAGAUAUCAAGAUGAUCGCUUCCUCUAGGAAGGUCAAAUUAAACCGAAAUAUGUUCAAAGAUGCCAAUGGAUUGUCAAGUGUGCCAAAACGACGACGGCCCUUUACAUCGUAUCCUUCAACCGAUGUGACUUUUGGUGAAACUCUGGAGUGUAAAAAUGACCGCGUGGCGAAGACUGAAUCUGUUUUGGAGGACACCGAGGCCUCGAACGAGGAAAAACAAUCCCCACGUCAAACUUUGCAAGUCCUGGCCGCUGAGGUUUCCCCAGCAUUUAUAGAAAGAACUACACCAAGUUCCAGUCCACCUUCACACAAAGAUGAGUGGCAAAGGUCGUCACAUGUGAGCCAAUGUAAAGGUACAUUGAAAUCCAAAAGAAAUGAUUUGAAAUGCAAUAGGGAAAAUUGCACUGAGAAAACGUUUGAGGUGAAAGUAGAGGGCCCAUACACUAGAAGCAAAUACUAUAAGUGUAGACGAUUUACUAGAAGCAUGGGCCCACCUCUGAGGCGUACAGGUUUCUCUUGCAGUCUACAAUUUGCAGUUUGCUUCUGCGGUGAUUUCAGAAACAAGCAAAUAAACACGCAAAAGAUUGAACGGACACAAACGAGAGAGUCAAAAGUUUCAUACAUCCAAAGUAAGCAGACAUUUAAGGCUAAAACCAAAAAUUCUCGCGACGUGCAACGUAAUGCUGAAACUAGACUGAGACGAUCAUCAUCCAACACAAAAAAUACAACAGGAAUCAGUCAAUCACUGUUGCCAGGAAAGGUAGUUAAGACAUAUCCACUCCGGUCACUGAAAAAGCGUGUCGAUUCAGUGUAUGGGGUGAGUGCUACGAAAACAGAGGGAGGACACGAAGUUGGUAAGGUUUUAUCAACAGUGCCAACUCUAGGGACAGAUAGAAUAGGCACAUUAAUCGACUCAUGCUGCCUACCAGUGAACCACGCUGGACGGGAUGGCCUCUUCAUUGAACGGACUAAGUCGUCACAUCCCGCGAUUUCAAACAAAAGGGCAAGCAUUACACAACACUGUCCCAAACACAACUUGCGGGUCCAAUCAGGAACUUCCCUAAGGAGAGCAAGCACCCCAUCUUGCUGUGCACUGUGUGGAGACAUAAAAUAUACUCCUCCCAAAAGAAGGAACCAGGUUCAGGUCCAGACAAAUGAUGCAAACGCUGCACCAGAGGAGCCCAAAGUUAGAUUUAAGACCAGGAAAACAAACACAAACAUUCAGGCCCCUAAGAAAUUGAUUAUAUGGGUAGGAAAGUAUCCCAAAGUCAAGCUUUGUGACAUAGCUAAAGUAUUUAAAGGCUCAGUGCAGGAUUUUAGAUGUGUACUGCCUGACAAACUGACAAGCAAGAUGGUGUUCUGUUUCAAACAUGAAUUAGGGACUGGAGUGUGGUUAGGGCCUUUUUCUAAAGACAGAGAUGGACAUGGGAGUGAAAAAGAUGGUAAUCUCAGAGGGAAGGAGUGUGGACACCCUUCCUGCCAGCCUCAGAGACUGACGGUUCACCAGCAAGAACUCAAAGAACGUUGUGCUGCCUCAGUGAGUGGGAAGAGUGAAGGUCCAACCAAUCACUCUGUUUCUCUCUUACUAGGUAAGCAGGCGAGCAGGGGGGCAAGUGGGGCUGACAUGUUGGACAAAGAUACGGAAGAAGACCCUGAAGUAGGAAAUGACCUGGUAGCAGCAGAAAAGCAAUGUUCUAAAAGAAUACGGUUGGGUUAUGGUGGCUACGUUGCAACUGUGCUUUUGGGCCAAGAACAAGAAGGUUCUAACGUCAGUAAGCUAGAAAUGGCUUGUGGAGGAUCCAUGAAGGCAAACGGAGAGGUAGCUUUGAAGCCUGUAAUUACCAGUGACAUCAAGUCUCCUGUAGACUCUCCAAUACGUGACACGGAUGAUUCAGACAACCCUGUAAGAAGACAUGACCCUGCAAGGCAAGAUGGCAUCCAGAGGAGAGACUCUGGAGGACGUGACAUCUCCCAGGACUCGUCUGAGGAGGGCCUGUUCUCCCUGAGCCCUGAUGAAGCCAGGAUGGCGUGUCAGGCAAAUGGCGAGCCUUCCGAGCAAGCCUUGUUCAGCUGUCAGAGAGUGAUACCCUACGUAAGACGGCCAAAGUUCUCCUGUGCACGCACAGACAUGACCUGGCCCUUUCCCGUGCGUAAACCGCCAGCUGUGACAUCACACCUCUUUGACACUAGUGAAACUCCCACAAUGGAUACUGUUCAGUCAUCGGCCACCGCUGUCAGCUGUGCCUCAAGGACUGGACACUUACAGGCUUCCACAGAGAACGUUGUCCCUUCUCAUGGAAUGACAAAUCAUAUUCCAAAUGCAAACCAGCGCAUGAGAGGAGAGGGGGAAGUAACUGAGCGUGGAGAACAGCUACAACUUCAUUGGAUAGAGAAAUGUCGGGAGAAGCCAGAGUUUUCAUCUUCUGGAAGAUUAAGGAAGGCAGUGUCUACUUUUCUCCCUGAGCUCAACAAGCCUAUGGACCAUCUUCCUCUCCAAAAAAACAACCCUGUCUCUCCUUUGGAAGACUUCAGUUGUACAGUCCCCAAAGUCUUCAUGCUCAAAGGCGGUUCUGAGACAGACACCACCUUCUCCCCAGACCUAGCCUCUACUCCUUCUCCUAUUGGCCUCAGUGACACCGACACAGCCUCUGUCUCCUUUCCCAUGCUGUUCCCCUCCACCCCUGAUUCCGUAUACGGCUUCUCACCCACAGCCUCCUCUAAUCCAGCCUCCUUCACCGAAGAUGGGGCCAGAAAUGUGCGUGCAACUUCCAGCCUAGCGGCCUCAUCCUCAUGUCCUUCAUCAAAAGAUAUGGAUAAGAUUGCUGCCGUCCCUGAUUUGAAUACCUCAGGUGAUUUCAGUGAAACAAGCACGGCCUCAAAUGAAUUAUGCUCUCGUUCGCACAAUUCCUUCCUUCAGUCACUGAACGACUCCUUUCAUUCGUCACAAUCGUCCUUUCUUUUAGCCCAAGAAGAUGGGGAGAUUAAAGAGCCGAAGCAGGGAGGGACUGAAGAAAAAAGGAGUGACGUCUUUUCACACUGUAUAUUAAGCAUCCCUCCACUGAAGGAACAACAUGAUGACCAUCUACUUCUUAGUGACCCAACGGCUGAAUGUGAACAAGGGAGUUCAUGGCCCCCCGACUCCAGAGACGGAAGCCAGGUGGCAACGGAUGACCGUACACCCGACACGCCUCCAGGAGUCUCAACACCUGCAACUCUCUCCAUAACGAGCCUGCUCCUUCAAACGCAGAGCGAUCUCGAUGAGGAGGUGAAGGAAGGAGAUAUGCUGAAUCACGAGGAGGAGUGUGGCGAAUCUCAACCUUCACCGACUGGAGAUCACACACCAAGGCUUGUUAUUGACACUCGGUACUACUCAGAUAAUGAGAGGGUUGAGGAUAAAGAAGGACAUGGUUCCUCGGGAGAUGAGAUGAGGCCGUUUGCUGGUGCAGCUGUUGACACAAAUCCCCACCUGUCUCCCAGUGGUGAUGAAGAUGACGAUGGAGAAAUGGAAUUGGCGGGGCAGAGUUCUGAAGAGGAGGAAGGAGGGGCCCAGCUCCUCGGAUCACCCGGAGAGGGAGAGGAGACAGAGUCAGAGAAGUCAGAUGGGGGGCCCGGGCCUUUGGACGAGCUUGCUGCCUAUAAACAGGAUAUCCUGGUUGUGGAUGUGAUCCAGGAUGACCCAGAUCUGUUUGGAAACCUGCCAGAGAAGAGCCUACUGAAUCUGGGUCCCACAAGGAAGGGAGGUGCUUCUGGAGCCAGGGCCACCAGGGUGUUGAUAACUCCUCCGUCCAGAGAACCCUCAUGGGCUUCUGAGAAAAGUUUGACCUCUGGUGCCAUUGCAAUCAAUGGUGCAAAUACCUUUAAAAGACCUGCUACUUUUAAAGACAACGAGACUAGUGGUCGGUCCUGGAGACCCCAGUCGAGCUCCAAACCAUCUCUAAUUCACAGCAACAGCUGGCCUCCUGGACACAUCGGUGCACAUCCAGAGGGUCAAAAAGAUGGCAAUAACAUCAGCAUAAAGGAACAGGCAUCUGAGAGAAUCCAGAAUCCAACUCUGAACUCCCUGAAGAAAACCCUAACACUGCAUGGGCAAGCCUCUCAGAUCAAAAUAGACAGUGGAGACCUUCGACACACAACACUGAAGUCUGAUAAGUACUGCAGGUUCUACUUCAAAGAUGACACCACCUGUACCUACAAGUCCUGCUGGUACCGGCACUUGCCCAUGGAAGGCGAUGAGAUGUUCUGUGUGCAGAAUGUGCUGAGGUUCAGUAACUCUAUGAAUUUAGUGUGUCUCCAGAAAGCAGCUGCUGUGUUUGCGGGCUACUACCAGAGCAGCGCCCCUGGGAUCUACCUGACCCCACCUGUGGUCAACUCCUUGUUGUCGGUCCUCCUCAAGGCCGGUCUCGUCUCCGACAUCGUCCACGUCCUCAACGUCUGCGCCGCACGCAAGAUCCUGCCCAGCCCUGACUUUCUCCUGGCUCUGUUUAACCAUGUGAGAGAGAAGGCAGUCCUAUCCUUAGUGCCUGAGCUCAUGCACCUCACAACCAAGAUGGUAGACGCGGGCCUGGCUAUCAAUAUGGGCGACUGUAAGCGCAUUCUGUGCAACAAUGAGCCGCCUUCACCUCCGAUGGACACCCAGAUCCCUGCGUCAGCCCUCCACAGGCCUCCUACCGGUAAAACGACAAUCUCCGACACCAAGUACUUGGCCAACGCCAUCCAAGAGGUGGAGCUGUGUGCUCAGCAGGAGGACUGGUGCCGCUUGGGGGCAGUCUUCAGGUCGGUGUGCCUCACCCUAAAAGGCCUGUCUGAAUUACAGCACUUCAGCGGCUGCGUCGCCAUAGCGUUGCUGACGGAGACCAAAGACAGACUAGCGCUGCCCUUUGCCACCUUUUCUUACACCGUGUGUCAGGAGAACAGUGGAGAUGGUCUGGUGAAGAGCUUCCUAGGACGGAUUGGCAUCUCGCUGAUGUUCAGAUACCACAAAAACCAGCAGUGGGCCAAGGGCCAGAGGUUGGUGGAGGUGCUGACCAGGCUGAAGGUGAACUACUCCACCCUCAAGGGCCUGUUCGGGAACGAGGACGGGGCGUCACGCUGCCGCCUGGUGUCCAUGGCAACGGAGCUCUUCCUCCGGAGCGGGAGCGUAGAGGGGGCUCUCAACACGCUUCGAGAUAACAAGUGGUUCCUGGGCUCCAGCCUGUGGCCCUGUGAGCCCACUGACGUCAUCGAGAGGACCAACGUCUUAGUCUGUCUGGCCAAGAAGACCUCCCACAGAGACACCCUGGAGGUCCUCACCAACCUGCCUGGCCUAAAGGAGCCCACUGACAUGGGGAGCAUGUCCCAGUACGAAAGCCUGUUCAACUCCCACCUGAGCGUGUGUGUGGAGAGACAGACCCUGCCCGUGGCGGCCGACACCCUGGACUUCAUGCUGUCCAAGAGGCUGGCGGUGGAGCCCCCUCUCCUGCACACGCUGCUGCACAAGCUGGGCAAGCAGAACGUCUGGCUGCGGGCGCGGGGCCUCUUCAAAUGUUCGCUGUGUGGAGGUUACUACCCAGGCGUGUCAGCCCCGCCUGGCUCCCUAGCCCUGACUGUCCCCUGUUCUCUGGGAGAAAUCGAGAUGGCCCUGGCCUUCGAGAUGUUCAUCACCCUUAACGCUGCCGCUAUAUUCAGCACCCCAGACACUCCUGCCUGUCUCAGCAUAAGUCUCACAAGGACACUCGACUGUGAGAGCGGGUAUCUGUCUGCGGGUAGCCGUCUCCUCUCUGCCGCCAUCAUCCCCAACCCCAAGCUCACGGUCCGCUACCGGGCGGUCAACUCUGCCAAUGAGCAGGUGUUCCUGCUGGACACGCCCUCAGCCCGCCGCUGGCUCCAACAGAACCACUCCUGGGCCAGUGAAGUGUGGACACAAACCACCUAACAGCUACAGAACAGCCAGGGCCAUCCAAACAGCUGGAUUACUGUCCUGGGCACACUUGAUUCCAGACCCCCCCCCAGUGUGUUCCAGGAAUACCAGGAAUGUUUCAAAUCAGGGGGGAAAAUGGGGUCUAAGUGUGUAUGUGUGCACUUAUGUGAGUGUUCUUAUGUGACACUAGCCAAUAUCAAGUUACUCUUAAUUGUAGCCUGAAGCUAAUAGCGGUUGAACUCGAAUCGAGAUCGAUGCCAUGGAAAGACUGACAUCAGAACUUGUAUACAAUUGUUUGUGUUUUUAUGUCCAGAACUGUGUGUUGUUGGGGUGUUAAAAGAUCCAAAAAAGCAUUUACUUUUCUUGUUUUGAGUUGUUAGUUCUGUAAUUUCAGCUUAUCUUUAAAAGCACUUUGUUUAUUUCUAAGGAAGUUGGAUUUGAAAUUGGAUUCUAGUGUUUUGAAAAGCAAAGUUAUUUUGGAUCACCCCCGUCAAACUUGAUUUGCAACAUUAGUUUCAGAUCAUAUUUUUCAAAUGACAAAUUCUGUGCAGAAUUACAGGCUUUGAAAGGUAUUUUCUUUCAGUGACCACAUGUUUAUCCUCAUGAACAUGGUAUUAUUAUGCUUGUGUGUUCGUCAACAACAACAAAAUUACGUAUUUUCAUUUACAAGUGUACAACGUUACUGUAAAACCGUUGUUCUACCUGAACAAGAGUUAAAUCUGUUUUGUAUUCCGUUACAAAAGUAA